AUGGCUUUCCACCACCGGCCGGACGCCCCAGAGCUGCCUGACUUCUCCAUGCUCAAGAGGCUGGCCCGAGACCAGCUCAUCUAUCUGCUGGAGCAGCUUCCAGGGAAAAAGGACUUGUUCAUUGAGGCCGAUCUCAUGAGCCCUUUGGAUCGAAUCGCCAGCGUCUCCAUCCUAAAGCAACACGAAGUGGACAAGCUGUACAAGGUGGAGAACAAGCCAGUCCUGAGCUCCAGCGAACAGUUGUGCUUCCUGGUCAGACCCCGCAUCAAGAACAUGCGGUACAUAGCCAAUCUCGUCAAUGCUGACAAGUUGGCCGGCCGAACGCGAAAAUACAAAGUGAUCUUCAGCCCUCAGAAGUUUUACGCCUGUGAGAUGGUGCUGGAGGAGGAGGGCAUCUAUGGAGAUGUGAGCUGCGACGAAUGGGCCUUCUCGCUGCUGCCUCUGGACGUGGAUCUGCUGAGCAUGGAGCUGCCGGAGUUUUUCAGGGACUACUUCCUGGAAGGAGACCAGCGUUGGAUCAACACGGUGGCCCAGGCCCUGCACCUCCUCAGCACCCUCUACGGCCCCUUCCCUAACUGCUACGGGAUUGGCAGGUGCGCCAAGAUGUCACAUGAACUGUGGAGGAACCUGGAGGAGGAGGAGGACGGUGAGACCAAAGGCCGGAAGCCGGAAAUCGGCCACAUCUUCCUCCUGGACAGAGACGUGGACUUUGUGACGGCGCUGUGCUCCCAGGUGGUGUACGAGGGGCUGGUGGACGACACGUUCCGCAUCAAGUGUGGGAGCGUCGACUUUGGCCCGGAAGUCACCUCCUCCGACAGGAGCCUGAAGGUGCUGCUUAACGCUGACGACAAGGUGUUCCAUGAAAUCCGUAACGAGCACUUCUCCAACGUCUUCGGCUUCCUGAGCCAGAAGGCCCGGAACCUGCAGGCUCAGUACGACCGCCGCAGAGGCAUGGACAUCAAGCAGAUGAAGAACUUCGUGUCCCAGGAGCUGAAGGGCCUGAAGCAAGAGCACCGCCUGCUGAGUCUGCACAUCGGGGCCUGCGAGUCCAUCAUGAAGAAGAAAACCAAGCAGGACUUCCAGGAGCUCAUCAAGACCGAGCACGCGCUGCUGGAGGGCUUCAGCACCCGGGACAGCACCAGCUACAUUGAGGAGCACAUCGACCGGCAGGUGUCGCCCAUAGAAAGCCUUCGCCUCAUGUGCCUCUUGUCCAUCACCGAGAACGGUUUGAUCCCCAAGGAUUACCGAUCCCUGAAAACACAGUACCUACAGAGCUAUGGCCCUGAGCACCUGCUGACCUUCUCCAACCUGCGGCGGGCGGGGCUCCUGACCGAGCAGGCCCCUGGGGACACCCUCACCGCUGUGGAGAGUAAAGUGAGCAAGCUGGUGACGGACAAGGCUGCAGGAAAGAUCACGGAUGCCUUUAGUUCUCUGGCCAAGAGGAGCAACUUCCGGGCCAUCAGCAAGAAGCUGAAUUUGAUCCCACGUGUGGACGGUGAGUACGACCUGAAGGUGCCCCGCGACAUGGCGUACGUCUUCAGCGGCGCCUACGUGCCCCUCAGCUGCCGCGUCAUCGAGCAGGUGCUGGAGCGGAGGAGCUGGCAGGGCCUGGAGGAGGUGCUGCGGCUGCUCAACUGCAGUGAGCUGGCCUUCACAGGCGGGACCAAGGACGACAAGGCUCCCAGCGAGUCCCUGCGCCUCAUCCUGGUCGUGUUCCUGGGGGGCUGCACCUUCUCCGAGAUCUCAGCCCUGCGGUUCCUGGGCAGAGAGAAAGGCUACAGGUUCAUCUUCCUGACGACAGCCAUCACCAACAGCGCCCGCCUCAUGGAGGCCAUGAGCGAGGUGAAAGCCUGA